AUGAGCGCCAAGAUUGGCAUCUUCCCCGCUUCGGGCGGAUUGGGCACGAGCAUCGUCAAUCAUCUAACGAAACUGGUCCCCGCUUCACAGCUCAUUCUCAUCGCACGGCACCCCGAGAAGCUGUCUGAAUUUAGCCGAAAUGGCGCCACCGUUCGGCAGGCGGAUUAUGAUGAGCCAUCCACUUUGGAUAAGGCAUUUGACGGGGUCGAAACGCUGAUGCUCAUCUCUUAUGCGUCGUUUGAGAUACAGCACCGAAUCAACGCCCACCAUUUGGCGAUCGACGCUGCCAUUAAAAGCGGAGUGAAGCAUAUUUUCUACUCGUCGCUAGCUUUUGCCGGUAUUUCAAAGGACCAGAGCCUCGCGCAUGUGAUGGGAGCGCACAUCGCGACCGAGAAAUAUCUCUCUGAAAAGUCGGGCAGCCUUACAUACACAGCUGUCCGUGAAGGGCUGUACUCGGAGUCCUUUCCCAUUUACACUGCGUGGUUUGAUCUCAAGAACCCAGCUGAUGAGAUUACAAUUCCGCACCCUGGUAGUGGGCCAGGUGUAGCAUGGGCUAAAAAAGACGAACUGGGCGAAGCGACUGCCAAACUCAUCGUACAGUACACCCAGGACCCGUCGGGAUUCGCUUACCUGAAUGGCGAGAUACUUCUUUCUGGACCACGCGAGCUUUCUCUCUCCGACACCGUCGAUGUUCUGGGCCGAGCAGUCGGAAAACCUCUCAGAGUUCGUGAAAUAUCUGUGGAUGAGUAUGCCUUACUCCCGCAGGUUGGUAAGAAACAUACUUAUCAUAGUGUGAAUUUGUCGAAGGAGUGGGCCACAGCAUGGGAGGCUAUUAAGCAAGGAGAAACUGCUGUCGUGUCUCCAGCUCUUGCCAACAUUUUGGGAAGAGAGCCCGAGGACUUUGAGACAACCAUUAAGGCACUAUUAGAAUAA